UAAAUAAAUUACUGAUUACCAGUACUCUUCCGUCGCCAUUGCCGCCGAGUAUAUACCUUCUCCUCCUCCGCCUCCUCUUACCAAAAUCCAACCUUUUCAGUUCGGAAAUUUUGAGUUAAUGGCGUAUAUCUAGCUUGAACCUCAUCUGGGAUUUUCUAGUACUAUUUUCUUAUUUCUCUGUUGAUCUUAACUCAGAGCAGCUCGUCGUCAAUGGCGAUAUACAGUUGCAGAAACCUUGGACUUCCGGCAUUGAAUUUGCUCAGAGUAAAAGGAAUGCACAUCUUGCAACAGUUGAUGUUAGAGGAACGGCUGCUCCGGACAACAUCAGAUAAUUGGUGCAUUAUUAAUGAUGGAACGGAGGAUCGCAAUAUAGUAAUGGGAGCUUCAGGGAGACCUGCUGAACUUCUGAAAAUCGAUUCUGUCUUGCAAGACAAGGUUGCUGUUAUCCGAAGGUUUACAGGAGGCGGCACUGUCAUCGUUGAUCACAGCACUGUAUUUGUCUCCUUCAUAUGCAACAAAGAUGCACUUCCAGAUGUUCAGCCUUAUCCGGGACCCAUUAUGUCAUGGAGUAGCUUAAUAUAUGAUGACGUGUUUCGUCAAGUUGGAGAUUUCAGCCUUUGUGAGAAUGAUUAUGUUUUUGGCAGCCGCAAAUUUGGUGGGAAUGCGCAAUCAAUUACAAAAACACGAUGGAUACAUCAUACAUCUUUCCUCUGGGACUUUGAUGUUAGUAACAUGGCCUAUCUCAAACUUCCAAGGACCUGAAUACCGAAAGGAAAGGGAUCAUCUGGAAUUUCUGUGUCGCUUGAGAGACUAUCUACCGAGGUCAAACUUCAUCGACAGGACCAUUCAUGGGGUAGAAAGGCAUUUUCCUGUGGAACAAAGGGGCCUUGAAGCCGUUGAAUCUCGGGCAUCAUACAUUGUAUUUAAACCUACAUCUAAAGUAGUUGCAGAGCAAGAACUAAAAGAAGCUCUUUUUAGAUAUCAACGAGUAUGAUUUGUAAAUCUUCAGAAGUCAAUUCAUUGGUAGCAAACUACCAAUAACUAGCUACUCUCUCUCCCAGAAUCAUUUAACAUUCAUUUUGGAAUUCAAAAAUGAUGUUGUUUGAACAUGAUUGCAACAAAAGUUCGUCUUCC